AUGGCUUCUGAGGCUGCUCAGAAUUUCCUUCAGCCACUGUCGUCUUGGAUGUCUCAAAUUUACGAAGCUAUCCAGCAAGCAGGAGACUCUAUAUCUGCUUCACUGCUGAAUCUGAGUGGAGUGGGUCGUAAGUCAGAAGAAGAGAAGAACCGGGACUUGGAGAAUAAUGGAGAAGUGUACGAGGAUUAUUCUGAGGAAUCAGAUGAUGAACAACACCUGGACCUCUGGGAUGAGGAUUACUUAUAUCCUAGAGAAGAUGGUCACACUGGGGAUCCUAAUCUUCCUUCACGUGACCUCCCUCAUGGCACUGACAUGGGUCUGCAGAGACAAAACCGGGUUAAAAAUACCAGCAGCUUACCAGAGCAGUGUGUUGAAAGCACCAAGUCUUUGACAGCCAAUGGAUCUUUCUGGAUGAAUGAAGAUCUCCAGCCACUUGAUCGGCUUCCUCCCAUUGCUGAAGAAGAAGGUGAGCCCUCUAUGAGGAUGGGAGGUCAUGAGCACAACCUCAGCUCGGGUGGCUCCUUAAAAAGUAAUAAUGGCAAGGCAAGUUUUGCAGAUCUGGAUGGACUAAGCCAACUGAGUUACCAAGACAACCUAUCCUAUCGUGAAGAUGACCAUGGAUCUGUUGAUUCAAGAACAACUGAGAGUAGGGGUGCUGGGCAGCGUAAAGGGCCUAGGAUGGAGUCCAGCACUGCCAAUGGCAUUAGCCGGCAAGCCACGGAAGGACGUUUGGAAACGGAGACAGCACUUGCCAACCAGGGAUUUGAAGUAAAUGAUGCUACUGACAGCUCAUCCGCUUGGAGCCCUGAG